AUGCUACGUUUCUUUAUUCGUUUGUUUCGCAACAAAGGCGAUAUACAUGGACCUGGUUGCUGGUUGUCUACCUCAGCGUUUCUCGCAGCAUUGAAUAGAUUUGUAUCUCUGCGUGGCAAACCGAAAACGAUAUGGUCUGAUAAUUAUAAUGCGACCAACUUUGUCGGUGCCAAAAAUGAGUUGGCUGAAUUACUGCGUUUGUUCAAAAGCAGCUCACACACCGAAGCAAUUGUGCAUCAAUGUUUGAAUGAUGGAAUUGACUGGCAGUUUAUACCCCCCCCCCGCUCUCCGCAUUUUGGUGGACUGUGGGAGGCAGCCAUUAAGUCUGCCAAGUAUCAUUUCAAGCGCACCGUAGGCCUCUCAGUUUUAACCUUUGAUGAGCUGCGUACAUUAACUUGUCAAAUAUCAGCCAUUUUUAAUUCACGACCUUUAUGUCCACUUUCAGAAAAUCCGGAUGACAUAGAAGUAUUAACACCGGCUCAUUUUCUCACUGGAGCUCCACUCACACCCAUUGUUGAGCCUGAUGUUACGCUAAUUAAUCUAAAUCGGCUCGACAGAUGGCAGCGAGUGUCACGCAUACUGCAGAUUUUCUGGGAGAAAUGGAGCAAAGAAUAUCUGACGAUCUUGCAACAACGAGCUAAGUGGAGUGCCAGCAAAUCAAACCUUUCAGUCG